CAAAUAGCUACCCUUACUAUACUAAUGCUAAUACCAUAAUAUAGAUAAUAAUAUGAAGACGUAAUGAGUGGACGUAUCAGACAUUUUGUAUUAUUAGUCAUUUGUAUGGUUUGGUUGGGAUUUGUGAGACAUUUAAACAACAAAUUGUGACAAUAUUUGGGUCAAACAUAGAUGUCUUAAACGUUUUGUUGAUUAUAUUUAUAUAUAAUUAUGUGAUUCACUAAUUGAUUGAAUCUAUUGUUUGGAUAACUUAUUGAUAAUAAAAGCCAUUGAAUGACUAACUCAUACAAUAUAUGCCAUUGAUUUUGACACUCAUUUGUCUAAAUAGUACUUAAUAUAUAAAUAAUAUUAACAUUACUUUCAAAAUUAAUAUCCAAUACUAAUUAAAAUACUUGCUGUUAUAAUAUUAGAAAAAAUAUUAUAAAUAUUAAAUAAAGUUAACUUAAAAGCCAAGUAAUGGCACCAUUACCUCCACCACCACCUCCUGCACCGCCGCCACCACCAAUGGGUGGUCCGCCGGUUGCGGGACAGCCAAAGUUGUCCAAAAAUCAGUCGACUGAUCGAAAUGCUCUUUUGUCGCAAAUCCGCGGCGGAGCUAAACUUAAAAAGUCUGUUAUUGUUAACGAUCGGAGUGCGCCCGCCAUCGAUGAUAAAUCAAAAAAUAGUAAUACUAGUGGAAAUAAUGUUGGAUCAGCAAAACCUAUAAACAAUGGACUCAAAGGAGGUCCCAUGGGAUUAGGGGGUUUGUUUGCUGGUGGUGUUCCUAAAUUAAGACAAACUGGUAGUAAAUUAGUCGCCAAUGGACUGACUGUUAGCGCCAAUAAAGUGAACAAUAAUUUAACAAAAACUGAUGAAUCAGUUCGUCAGACAAAUACUUUAAAUAAAAUAACUACUUCUUCAUCGACUUCAUCGAUAAAAACUAGUCUCGAAUCAAAGUUUCAAAAUAAUCUUCAUUUAAAUAGUAAUAAUACUAAUACUAAUAGUAAUAAUAAUCAUUCAAUUAAUAAUUCAAUUAAUAAUAAUAAUAAAAGAAUUAGUGGUAGUAAUAGUAAUUUAUCUUUUUUACACUCUAAUGGACUUAAUGUUAACAAUAAUAAUAGUUAUAAUAAUAAUAAUAAUAACAAUAAAUAUCAUACAAUGAAAGCCCGUGAAAAACCAAAUUAUUUAUUAAGUGAAGGUAAAGGUCAGGCACCACAAGUACCCGGCAUUGCGACUAAUAGACCAAAUGCUCCCGAUUUGCCUAAAAAGCCGCCUGCAAUACAACGGUCAAACUCGCAGUCAAAUUCCCGACUGGCGGGUAAUGUCAGAAGACCCGGAGGACCGCCACCUAUGAAGCCGCCGCCACCGCCCAAACUAAGUAAUGGUGUGAAUUCUGUGACUCCGUUACAACUAUCACCACAACAACAGUUAAUAACAACAUUUCCUUCAAAGCCGUCUCACAUCAAUCAACGCAAAAGUUUUACUGAAGAUGAGAAUAUAUCUAAGAGGCCCGACAUUUCAACACUUGUAUCUAAUUUUAAUCAACAAAGUGUUAAACCCCCGGCACCACCACGUGGUCCUACGUCUAAUGGAAUAUCUUCGAGUCCAACAUAUCCUCCACCACCCCCUCCUUUAUCAACAAUGCCGAAUCGGUCCAACAGUACUGUAGGCUCAACUGUCGCACGUCCACCAGUGAAAUCAAUUGCACCGUCAGUUCCUACACACUUUAAACCGCCAACAAGUUUAAGACCACCGGCUGGACCACCGCCACCGCCACCUCACAGAACAACAUCUAACAGUACAUCUAAUUACCCGACAUCUCCUCCACCUCCACCGUCGCAAACAAAAAUUUCAGCCAAUCCUAUAAGAAACGGAUUACCAUCCAAUAUAUCUGGUCCACCGCCGCCAUUACGCGACACUUCUAUUAGAAAUAGAGAUGAGUUUUUGUCAAGAUUUCCAUUCCGAGGAAUUUAUGAAAUCCCGGCGCCGUCUCCGCCGACUAUAAGCAAUAAAGUGUAUCCGAGUCAGAUGCAACAAAGUCAACGACGUCGAGACCCACCACCGCCUCCACCACAGGUUAACGGAGCCAAAGGAACGGGUGGUCCGACAAACUGGACAAAUACGAGCGCACAUAACAACAACAACAUUAAGAAACUGCCAUCGAAUCCAAUGCUUCACAUCGGUUCCAAUGGUGGUCACAGUUGAUUAAGUGGGCAUUGACUCAAUUAUUGCAUUUUUAUUGUACAGUAUUUGGAUUAUCUGUUGGAUUGGCUUUUGUUUUAAAGUUAAUAUAGUUGUGAUCCCAUCACUCAAAAUGAAUAAUAUUUGACAGAAAAAUAGCUGUAAAUACAAUAUCAAUAUCUGUCUCUUCAGUGCCUUUUCACAGCUGACCCAAUGGACUGUGAAGUCAAAUGCAAUUAUGUUUUAGUGGAAAAUUGAAAUUUUUUUAGCAUUUAUUGUAAUUAUAAAACGACUUUCAUUGGAAAUGAUGAGAUAAUGUGUUUUAUAAAUGAAUUUUAUGGUAUAAAAGUGAUUUUAUUUUUAAAAGUGAACUAUUUAUACAAUAUAUAAUUAUUAACUAUAAAUAUUACAUAAA